AUGCGGCGGAGCCCGCCGGGGUACUGCAGAGCCGGGCUUCGCCUCGCUCCGCGCCCCGGCGCUCAGCGCGGCCAAGGGUGCUUGCCCGGCUGCCCCCGCCGCUCGGUGCCUGCGCGGAGCUGCCGGACGGGGAACCUCGCUGGGAGAGCGGUGGAGCGCAGCGGAGCGGGGCCGCGGCGACCCCGGCCGCCGAGAUUCUUUAUCUUUGUUCAGGAGCCUAAGGUUGCUUGCUGAUCACAAGAAGAUGUUUCUGUGGCUCUUUCUGGUUCUGUCAUCUCCAGUUUCUUCUACAACUGCAGAUGCUGAUAUAUCUGUGGAAAUUUGCAAUGUUUGCUCCUGUGUGUCAGUUGAGAAUGUACUCUAUGUCAACUGUGAGAAGGUUGCAGUCUACAGACCAAAUCAGCUUAAACCACCAUGGUCUAAUUUUUACCACCUCAACUUUCAAAACAACCUGCUAAUUAUUCUAUAUCCAAAUUCCUUUCUUAAUUUUACAUACGCAGUGUCCUUGCAACUGGGUAAUAAUAAGUUACAGAACAUUGAGGGAGGGGCCUUUAUGGGUCUUAGUGCAUUAAAACAGUUGCACUUGAACAACAAUGAAUUAAAGAUUCUCCGAGCUGACACUUUCCUUGGCAUAGAGAACUUGGAGUAUCUCCAAGCUGACUACAAUUUAAUCAAGUUUAUUGAACGGGGAGCCUUCAAUAAGCUUCACAAGCUGAAAGUCCUGAUUCUUAAUGACAAUCUGAUUUCAUUCCUUCCUGAUAAUAUUUUUCGAUUUGCUUCUCUAACUCAUCUGGAUAUACGAGGGAAUCGAAUACAGAAGCUUCCAUAUAUUGGAGUUUUAGAACACAUUGGCCGAAUUGUUGAAUUGCAGCUGGAGGACAACCCCUGGAAUUGCACUUGUGAUUUGUUGCCUUUGAAAGCGUGGCUGGAGAACAUGCCCUAUAACAUCUACAUUGGAGAAGCUAUCUGUGAAACACCCAGUGACUUGUAUGGAAGGCUGCUGAAAGAAACCAACAAGCAAGAGCUGUGCUCCAUGGGGACAGGGAGUGAUUUUGAUGUGCGCAUUCUGCCUCCCUCGCAGCUGGAGCCGGGUUACAGCACACCUAAUGGCCACACCACUCAAACGUCAGUGCACAGAUUAGUCACAAAGCCACCAAAGACUACAAAUCCUUCAAAGAUCUCGGGGAUAGUAGCAGGCAAAGCACUGUCUAAUCGCAAUCUCAGUCAAAUUGUAUCUUUCCAGACUAGGGUGCCUCCUUUAACUCCUUGUCCGGUCCCCUGUAUUUGCAAAACUCAUCCUUCAGACUUGGGAUUAAGUGUAAAUUGCCAAGAAAGAAAUAUAGAGUCUAUGGCCGAACUCAUUCCAAAACCAUUAAAUGCCAAGAAACUGCAUGUAAAUGGCAAUUAUAUUAAGGAUGUGGACACUGCAGAUUUCAUGGAGUUCGAGGGGCUGGAUUUGCUACAUUUAGGCAGCAAUCGUAUUUCGCUGAUCAAAGGAGAUGUUUUCCGCAACCUGACAAAUUUACGGAGAUUGUAUCUCAAUGGCAAUCAGAUAGAGCGUUUGAGCCCAGAAAUGUUUUCUGGCCUCCACAACUUACAGUAUCUGUAUUUGGAAUACAAUGUUAUCAAAGAAAUCCUAGCAGGCACCUUUGACCUAAUGCCAAAUUUGCAGUUGCUCUACUUGAACAACAAUCUUCUACGAAGCUUGCCAGCGUACAUAUUUGCUGGUGCACCCCUUGCUAGACUGAAUCUGAGGAACAAUCAUUUCAUGUAUUUACCUGUAAGUGGCGUUCUUGAUCAGCUGAAAUCCCUUACACAGAUUGAUUUGGAAGGUAAUCCAUGGGACUGCACUUGUGAUUUAGUUGCUUUAAAACUGUGGCUUGAAAAACUAAAUGAAGGUAUUGUGGUGAAGGAAUUGAAAUGUGAAACACCUGUACAGUUUGCAAACAUUGAACUUAAGUCUCUGAAAAAUGAGAUCCUCUGUCCUAAACUUCUAAACAAGCCAUCUGCUCUGUUCACUAGUCCAAUGCCUGCUGUUACUUUUACAACACCACCAGGACCAGUUCGGAGCCCUCCUGGUGGCCCAGUUCCGUUAUCCAUCCUAAUCUUAAGCAUAUUAGUUGUGCUUAUUUUAACAGUGUUUGUUGCUUUUUGUCUUCUUGUUUUUGUGCUUCGGCGCAACAAAAAGCCAACUGUAAAGCAUGAAGGGAUUGGAAAUCAAGAAUGCAGUUCUAUGCAACUGCAGCUAAGAAAGCACGAUCACAAGUCAAACAAAAAGGAUGGACUAGGUGCAGAGGCCUUCAUUCCUCAGACAAUUGAGCAGAUGAGCAAAAGUCAUACCUGUGGCUUAAAAGAGUCUGAAACGGGCUUCACGUUUGCUGACCCACCAGGGCAAAAAGUCAUUCUGAGAAAUAUUAAUGACAAGGAGAAAGAUUUAUUGCAUGCGGAUACCAGAAAAAGACUUAGCACAAUCGAUGAACUGGAUGAAUUAUUCCCUGGGAGGGAUUCCAAUGUAUUUAUUCAAAAUUUUCUUGAAAGUAAAAAAGAAUACAACAGCAUAGGGGUCAGUGGCUUUGAAAUACGUUAUCCAGAGAAGCUACAGGACAAAAAAAACAAGAAAUCUCUAAUAGGUGGUAAUCAUAGUAAAAUUGUAGUAGAACAAAGAAAAAGUGAAUAUUUUGAACUAAAAGCUAAACUUCAAGGUUCACCUGACUACCUACAAGUCCUUGAAGAGCAAACAGCUUUGAAUAAAAUAUAGGUCGUACAAUCUUAUCACCUACAGAGGACAUUUAUUUAAUGAUGAAAGUGCCUUUUGUUGACUUUUAACUUCCAAAUACUAUAUUGAUAGGCAUAGAGGCAGGUGUGUCCAAGGGUGUCUUGAUUAACUGUAGCUGCAUAUGAAUUGUCAAGUAGAGGAGAAUUUCCUUAAUAGAUUUUACUACA